AUGGCAGGAGACGAAGUUGUCGACGCGGCCGUGGUAGUACGAUCGAAGGAGAUGAGUCCAUCGAUGACAUGUCCCAUGUUGAAUGCAACAAACUAUGCUGUAUGGAUGAUGAAGAUGAAGGUUCUGUUGCGGAUUCAUAAGGUGUGGGAAGCAAUUGAGCCAGGUUCUAUCUCGUUGGAGAAGAACGAUAUAGCUACCGGUUUGAUAUUCCAAUCAAUCCUGGAGUAUCUUGUUCUUCAAGUUGGCGGGAAAGAAACUGCAAAGGAGAUAUGGGAUGCGAUUAAAACCCGCAACCUAGGAGCUGAUCGUGUCAAGGAAGCGAGACUUCAAACCUUAAACGGGGAUUUUGAAAGACUCAAGAUGAAGGACACAGAUACAGUCGAAUACUUUGCUGGGAAGCUAACGGAGAUCGCAUCAAAAUCAGCUUCCCUUGGACAAGUUAUGGAGGAAUCCAAGUUGGUGAAGAAAUUUCUCAAUAGCUUACCAAUGGGCAAGUUCUUUCAAAUCGCUGCAUCUCUAGAACAAAUUCUAGAUUUGAAUACAACAAGCUUUGAAGAUGUCGUUGGAAGACUCAAAGCAUAUGAGGAGCGGAUCCACCAAGGCGAGUAUGGUGGUGCAACUCAAGACAAGUUGUUGUAUGCGAAGUCAGAUGAGCGAGGCGAUACAUCAUCUUCAGAAGGAAAAGAAGGACACUAUGCCUCAAAAUGUCCUACAAGAAAACCGAAGAUUGAAGAAGCAAAUAAAGUGGAGACAGAAGAAGCUGAUUCUGCACUCUAUAUGCAUGAAAUCGUUUUCUUGAAUGAAGAGAAUCUAAUACCGAAGAACUACGAAAUCCAGAGAGGAGAAGAAGGUGUUUGGUAUUUAGAUAAUGGAGCUAGCAAUCACAUGACCAGCGUGAAGGAGUACUUCUCUGAGCUCAAUGAGAAGAUAAAAGGGAAAGUAAAGUUCGGAGAUGGAUCAUGCGUUGAAAUAGGAGGGAAGGGUUCAAUCUUAUUUCAAAGCAAAGCUGGAGAGCAGAAGCUUGUUUCCGAAAUCUACUAUAUCCCUAAUCUCAAGAGCAAUAUUCUGAGUUUGGGACAAGCUACAGAAGCUGGAUGCGAUGUGAGGAUGAGUCAAGAUUAUUUGACGGUUCACGAUCCAAGAGGGAGGCUUUUAGUGAAGGUUAUGCGAUCACCUAAUAGACUUUACAAGCUAAGUUUAAAGAUAGGGAAGCCAAUAUGUUUACACUCAAACAUAGAAGACGACACAUGGAGGUGGCAUGCAAGGUUGGGGCAUAUAAGUGUUGGAACACUUAAAGCUAUUUUCCAACACGAGAUGGCUUAUGGUUUACCAGAAAUCAGAGAAGUCGAGACGUUAUGA